AGAAUCAUUGAGGAAAUUGAGAAAUUCUCGGCAAGAAAUAUUCGUCCCAUUGUGGAGGUCCCAGAAAAACGUGGCCUUCUUGAACCACCGGAAGCAAAACCAAUGUUCAUAUCCCGGAAGACACUCGACAAAGUCGACGAGUUUCUGGGCAUGAAGAUCUCAUCCUGGCUAGUCCCCGAUGGAGCCACCAUCUGCGAAGAAGGUUCCAGCUCUGAGGGCAGCUUCCACCAACAAGCAAACGAUGAGGCUGUUUCGAAAUCACACUCGAAAGACUCUCUUCGUCCGGAAACAGAUCCACAUCUUGAUGCAUCAUACACAGAGCCCGUUCCCAAUCCUGACCUGGGUAAACUCGUCGAGAAUAAUCGCGAGCUGACCUUUUACCAGCCUGUUCUACCGCUUCCGGUGAAUUACAAAUGUUCGUGUGUUGACUGUUGGAGAAAUGUCCGCACCCGGAAACCUCCUUCGCGGCGCAUGCGCUCUAGAAGGACCCUACUCUCGUCAGAUAAUUUUAGAUGUAAAGUCACCAGAAACCGAAGCCAUUCCGACAUGAGGGUUAUCCAGGACCCUUGGGCAAACAGCGAUCUGGAGAGAUCCUCCCACAUUAGGUCGAACAAGCGAAUCUACAGUAACAGAUUUUUCAGGAAAAAGGUUUCUGUGAAGAACGUUUUAAAACUGUGCUCCAAAGUCCCCGGGUGGCACAAACCUAUUACGCCCCCAGAGACGCUAAAUAUCACAGCGCAAGAUUGCAACGAACAUGAAAGAAUGUGUCUUGCUAUGUGUCUUAACGCCGGGGAUUUCACGAAUCAGCCGAAAGCUGAUUUUGAACACAGUCCCUCGAAUCCAGAAUGCCAAAUUAAGUGUCAGGAUUUGCAGAAAGAUAAGACAAUGCCCUCUGAGCAUAAACAUUCGAGAACUUCAAAUGAUCGAAACAAACAGGACUCAUACCUAACUGGUCUUACUCCCCCGGAGAAUUCUUACAAGUCUGAAAGCUUGCCAAGUUACAAAUAUAACAGCAGUAUACCUUUUAGCUGUUUCGAAAACUCUCAGACGUUCGCUUGUUUGUCUCCAUACUCAUUACCACUUUCGCAAUUACAAUUUAGUUCAACAAAACCGCAGUGCAACUUUAGCACAGUGAACAGGUGCUUCGAUCACGGUCAAAUGAGUAAUGUCUUCAACAGCACGAAGUACAUAACCUGUAGUCACACAAUGACCUGGCCGACGUACCAACUACCAUCGGUUCACCGUCAAUCUUGCGGAUACUUCCCGGAGAACCACUACUCCAGCCGAAGAUCAUCAUCAACAAGCCACCAUUGCAGGUCGUGCCCAAAGAGACCCGACCCAAACAGCUGCUACAGCAGCCCCAUUCUCCCGAGGUACAACUACACUCCGCCGACCACGUCUUGGCGCUCUGCUAUCUCAAUCAGCAGUCCGUACAUAAACAGAUCCUUCAACCCCAGACGUCACUCCUCGAUGAGGUAUUGCUCUGGCUGCGAUAUGUCUUCCUCGCCGGCAUCAUCGUUCAGAAGCUGUGCUGGUCAUUUCAACUUCUCCAUCCACAACUAUGUCUAG